UAUAUUCAGUGUCACCGAGCACCUCACUCCCCCCGCCCCCACCCUCGCUGUCUCACCUCCCUCCCUUCGAUCCUGCCACUCCCCUCUGCUGGUGCUGGAAGCACCAGGCGGGUGGCUCUCUGAGCUAGCGCGGGGCGGGGGCGGAUACGCUUAGCCUGAGCCCAGGGGCCAGGAGCCCGGAGGCAGGUGGAGGCAAGGCGAGGCAGCAAGUGCUGGGUACGGCUCAGCUGGAGCACAGUUUCCCUCCCGGACCAGUUGAGUCAACCUCACGCGUAGACCAAGAGGAUCAAAGGACUGGUACGUCACCUGCUGCGCCGGCGCCGCUGCGCGCAGACCAGACGUGCCGGGAGCUGCAGGAGGUCAAAACUUAAGGGAGACGGGAGAAGAAAAUGGAGCGUCGGUGAUCAUCAGACUAGAAUGAGAGUUAAUUGGGAGAAAAUGGUGCGGUCCCUUCACCCAGAGCACCCUCCCCCACGUGCUCACACCCCCAGCGAACACCCCCGGGGAGGCCUAUGAAGCAGCAGUAAAAGAAGAAGGAGGAAUAUAAAUUCUCAAGUUGGAAGGGACCAGGCUACCAUUUCCUCUGCUUUCUGAACUUUUUGUUUUGGUCUCCUGCGGGCAGUAGUGAGUCUCUCCAUCCCCCUUGCUUGCUUGCUUUCAGCUAAGAGUCAUCUUCUCUCCUCUUCCUCCUCCUCCUCCACCCCACGUCUCCCUCCUUCCUCCCUUCCCCAACCCCUCCACCCACCAAGUAGCGAGUCAUUCAAUCUGUACACCUCCCAGUCUGGGAAUCGCAAUUGCGAAGUUGGGAGGCAGAGUGACAACGUUUCGGAAGCGCCACGGCGACCGGCAGUGUGCACAGGGGCUGUGUCAGGCUCGGACCUCACCUGAUCCUUGCUCUGAGCGCGACCCUUGCUCUGCUCCCGAUCUGUCUCCUCUCUCUGCCACUUGUGCGCUGCUUCCGCGCACUCACAGCUCCCUAGCGGCAGGAGGAGGAAGGCGCACAGCGGGUGGAGAGAGUAGGGGUGCGCCAGGGAGAGGCAACCCCUUCCGGAGCCCGGGGAAUCCCGGCCGCCACCGGGGGCCGUGCCACCGCCCUCGCGGAACCAGCGCUUUCGGGGUGUCCCCAACUUUGUGGCGCCCUCAGGCCGCGGCGACUGGGAUAGAGAUGCCUUCCAGCGGCAGAGCGCUGCUGGACUCGCCGCUGGACUCGCCGCUGGACAGCGGCUCCCUGACCUCCCUGGACUCCAGUGUCUUCUGCAGCGAGGGUGAAGGGGAGCCCUUGGCGCUCGGGGACUGCUUCACGGUCAACGUGGGCGGCAGCCGCUUCGUGCUCUCGCAGCAGGCGCUGUCCUGCUUCCCGCACACGCGCCUUGGCAAGCUGGCCGUGGUGGUGGCUUCCUACCGCCGCCCCGGGGCCCUGGCCGCCGUGCCCAGCCCCCUGGAGCUUUGCGACGAUGCCAACCCAGUGGACAAUGAGUACUUCUUCGACCGCAGCUCGCAGGCGUUCCGCUACGUCUUGCACUACUACCGCACGGGCCGCCUGCAUGUCAUGGAGCAGCUGUGCGCGCUCUCCUUCCUGCAGGAGAUCCAGUACUGGGGCAUCGAUGAGCUCAGCAUAGAUUCCUGCUGCAGGGACAGAUACUUCAGAAGAAAAGAACUGAGUGAAACUUUAGACUUCAAGAAGGACACAGAAGACCAGGAAAGUCAACAUGAGAGUGAACAGGACUUCUCCCAAGGACCUUGUCCCACUGUUCGCCAGAAGCUCUGGAAUAUCCUGGAGAAACCUGGAUCUUCCACAGCUGCCCGUAUCUUUGGGGUCAUCUCCAUUAUCUUCGUGGUGGUGUCCAUCAUUAACAUGGCCCUGAUGUCAGCUGAGUUAAGCUGGCUGGACCUGCAGCUGCUGGAAAUCCUGGAGUAUGUGUGCAUUAGCUGGUUCACUGGGGAGUUUGUCCUCCGCUUCCUGUGUGUGCGGGACAGAUGUCACUUCCUGAGAAAGGUGCCAAACAUCAUAGACCUCCUUGCCAUCUUGCCCUUCUACAUCACUCUUCUGGUAGAGAGCCUGAGUGGGAGCCAGACGACGCAGGAGCUGGAGAACGUGGGGCGCAUUGUCCAGGUUUUGAGGCUGCUCAGGGCUCUGCGCAUGCUAAAGCUGGGCAGACAUUCCACAGGAUUACGCUCCCUUGGGAUGACAAUUACCCAGUGUUAUGAAGAAGUCGGCCUACUGCUCCUAUUUCUAUCUGUGGGAAUCUCCAUAUUUUCAACUGUAGAAUACUUUGCUGAGCAAAGCAUUCCUGACACAACCUUCACAAGUGUCCCUUGUGCAUGGUGGUGGGCCACCACCUCUAUGACCACUGUGGGAUAUGGGGACAUUAGACCAGACACCACCACAGGCAAAAUCGUGGCCUUCAUGUGUAUCUUAUCGGGAAUUCUUGUCUUGGCCUUGCCUAUUGCUAUUAUUAAUGAUCGCUUCUCUGCUUGCUACUUCACCUUGAAACUCAAGGAAGCAGCUGUUAGACAGCGUGAAGCCCUAAAGAAGCUUACCAAGAAUAUAGCCACUGACUCAUAUAUCAGUGUUAACUUGAGAGAUGUCUAUGCCCGGAGUAUCAUGGAGAUGCUUCGAUUGAAAGGCAGAGAAAGAGCAAGUACCAGGAGCAGCGGGGGAGAUGAUUUCUGGUUUUGAAUUAAUUUUCAACUUAUUUACAAAAGCUAUGUACAAUUAACUAAAUUGAUAAAGCAGUGAUGUAGAUUUCUGUAUUCUGAUGAUGAGUCUCUUCGGAGCACUGCUCAUCUUAAUUAACUUUUGCUGAUACAUUGCUUCGUCUACUAGAAUAUUUCACAUCACCUAUAACAACUGCACAGUGUACUGGCACAUCUGAGUGUCCAAAAGAGCCAAUUAACACAACCAAAUACAACUGGGCCAAUAUAAACAUGUUUGAAUUGUCAAAUAUAAAAUAAUAUUAUUGCAAUAUAUACAAAAAAGUUAGAUUUUAUGUAUCACUAAUUUUAGAAGUUUUUUGCACCACUAAUUUUUUUUAAAUGAAAGUUGAACUGCAUAGCCCAGAGAAAGAUAAGUGAAUAUUUAAGAACAUACUGAACAAUUUUGCUAUUUAAAGACAUUAUCCAAGUACAUAAAUCACUCCUUUCUUAUCAGUUAAAGGUAUUGAAUAUAAUAAUUACUUUACAAGAGAAAACUCUUUUCUGAUGGGCAGCGAUUGUAUCCCUAUUUUCUUUUUCGUGCAAACUACCAGUCACAAAUGAACUGAUCUCUAUAUCCCAUUAUUACUAUAAGAGGUGGGAAUCCCAAAACUCCUUAGAUUGCAGUACAUGAGUCUAUACAAAGGCUUCAACAAUUGCACAUCUUCAUUCUCCCAACUGAGUAUAAUAUGUGGAGCAUAAAACAGCAUAUUUCUUAGUACUUCAUGAAAAUCAGAUGGUCUUUUAUGGAUGUAUUGUUCACGUUAUGGUUUUAAAGUAAUGAAUAUGUAAAAGUGAAGUAGUGAACAUCCUAAAUUUAUACAUUGAAAUUCUUAAAUAAUCUUAUUCAUAUAAUGAGAAAUAUAUGUUGAAUGACAUCACUGGAUAAACUUGAAGACCUUUUAUUUAUUAAAAAAAUAUUAUGGACAGCUUUCUGGUUGUUGGGGUAAAUAGCAAAUGUUCAAACUUUGCAGGCAUUUUGACAGCAUUUUGAAAUUUAUGAUAAUAAUACCAUUCCGAGACAUUCUGUUAUAUAAUUAAAGCCAAAACUGCUAACGCUAAGAAUUAGCUCAUGAUUCCCAUUAUCUUAGUAAAUGAAAUUCUAAAACCUAAGAACAACAAGGAAUCAAUCACCUUAAUACCUAUGUCUCCAAUAUAAUAGAGCCCCCACGGGGAAGAAAAUUGGCUCAUGGGGAAAAAGAAACUUACUCAUUUCAUAUACAAAACACAGAUAUGCAUACAGAGUAUAUCUGUAGUAUUAACAUUUCAUGGAGGUGAGAAAUUAGGGGGAAAAAGCCUAGAAAGCUCUUUGCCAGGGGUGAAUGGUGAUAAGAAAUAAACAUUGAGAAGGACUGCUUUCAUAUAUAACAUAUUUCAUCAACUCUAAGACAUCCUAUUAUGCUAUGCACUACCAAGAAAGAAAGAUAUUAGUCAAUUGUAAGACGCCAUUAACUGUAAGAUGCAUCUGGAUUUCAGAUAUGUAAAAAUUUAAAAUAAGUACCUUAAAAUCCAUGAAAUAUCGCAUGUACUACCUCCUGUUUUCUGGUAUGCAUGCUUAAGCUCUCAAAACAUUUUCACUGAUGGCAUGAGUUUUAGAUUGUGUGCUAAAGUACUUUAAUUCAUUUCACUUGUUUCCACUUCUCCUAAAUAUUAUGAAAGAUUUAGGAGAUAUGAAUAUUAAUAAGAUAAAUAUUUUCCUUCUUACAUACAUACAUGGGUGCUAGAGUGUGGCACAGGGCCACUAGUUGUAGUAUAAAUCCCUUCCGCAAUCUGAAGGGGAAGUAGAGGUUAGACACAGAAGGUAAACUUAAUCCAGCUUUUCUAGAACUUUCUCUAAUAAGAAUAGUUACUCUGAUAUAGGACUAUGCUCUGUAUUCAUUAUAUAUUGUGUUAUUUUAUCCUCAAAGCUAUCCCUAUUAUAUAAUUACUAUUCUUAUACUCUUCAAAAUACAUAUUUUAUAUGUUUAUUAACUCCACAAAUAUUUAUUAAGGACCUUUUGGUGUGCUGGGUACUAGGGAGUCUUUAAACAAGACUAGGUUCUGUUCUCUUGUACUUAAUAUUCUAUUCAAGGGUAUGUGAGAGAAAGAUAGCAAACCUGAAACAUUAAAAGGUAUAAACUUGCCUAAAUUCACACAGGCUAUAGAUGGCAGAGCCAGGGAUGAACACCAGUCUGCUUGACCCUGAAAAUGACACUUCUAAAAGUCAAAUUGCAGAUUUCAUUCUUCCCACACAAGUUCUGCAUAAAAACUUAUUUUUUAGGCUGGCAGGCCAACUUCUUGUGCAUGGAGAAGUUCAAUAUGCCUUAAGUAAAAUAACAGCUUAUUCUCAGAGGUGGAAUGGUGCUUUUAAGAAAAGGCUGUGGUGACACCUUAUAGUCAUUAUUAGAUAGAAAAAAAAUAUUAUCUUAAUAGUUGGAAAAUAAAAAAUUUAAAAACUACUUGUAUAUAUAUGUAUAUAUGUUUUUAUCAUAGAGGAUCCUAAACAUCUUCUAGAUAAAUGUGCUGUUAGCUUUAUAAAUGUUGUCAAGAUGUAGGUAUUUCAAAAGGAAUUUUAAAUUAUUAUUGCUUACUUAAUUUUGCUGUUAAAUAAAAUAUCAGUUUAUUUAUUCAAUGAGUGUA